AUGUCUACCUCAAGAGACUUGCCCCCCUUUACUUCAGCUUAUUUCCCCAGACUUUACUUCAACUCCCAUAUUUGCUCUAAGCCCCAAUAUCCCUCGCCGCAGACCAAUCUCAUUGAUAAAGUGGCCAUCGUGACGGGGGCCAAUACCGGCCUCGGUCUGGAAAGCUCUCGCCAACUCCUCUCAUAUAACCUGUCCCACCUGAUCAUCGCAGUUCGCUCAGUCACAAAGGGGGAGACUGCAGCGGAUACCCUUCGUAAGCAGUAUCCCAUGGCCACAAUCGUGGUCUGGCAACUGGACAUGAGCUCGUACGAUUCUGUCCAGGCUUUCGUUCGUCGCGCAGAAAAUCACUUGCCUCGUCUAGAUAUCGUCAUUUUGAACGCUGGACUGGGAAAUUUGAACUUCAGUGUGGUUAAGAGCACAGGUCAUGAAGAGAUCAUCCAAGUCAACUACCUCUCAACUGUGUUGCUCUGUAUUCUUCUGCUUCCUGUGCUCAAAAGCAAAUCUCUGGACGUAAUACCCGGUCGACUCAGUAUUGUUAGUUCCGGACUCGCCCUCAAUGCUGGGUUUCCACACAGAAAGUACUCGCCCCUCCUUCCAUCCUAUGAUGACCCGAAAAAUUUCAACUGGCGGGAACAAUACAGCGCAUCUAAAUUCCUCGGUCACAUGUUCAUGUGGAAGCUCGUCGACUACGUAUCCGCGGAUGAUGUCGUGGUGAAUGUGGUGGACCCAGGCUUUACCAAGGGCACUGAACUCCAGCGUGAAGCGUCUGGCCCUCUAUCGGUGGUCUUUUCUAUUGCGAAGGCGUCCACUGCUAGGACGAUCAAGGAUGGAGCUUCCACGUAUGUGGAUGCUACAGUGGUGAAGGGUAAAGAGUCCCACGGAUGCUUUGUUAUGGACUGGCAGAUUAAGCCGUAA